GGAAUAAUCUGGAUGAUAUUUGCUAUAAAGUCAGGUGGGUUGGGUUGGGGGCUCAUAUCAAAUGUAAUGCUAGCUAGAAGAAAAUGGCAAGAUUUCUCAUCAUGCUCACAUUGAUCUUUUGCUUCUCCUCAUCAUCAACAGUCAAAAUUGAAGCACAGUCUCAAUCUGAUCCUAAAGAAGUGGAAACACUAAAGGAAAUAGCUAAACAAAUUGGGAAAAAAGACUGGAACUUCAGCAUAGACCCAUGCAUCAAUGACACAAAUUGGGCUACCCCAAAAUCUGCUAACUUGCCUCACUACAACAACACUGUCAUCUGCAACUGCUCCACGCCUGAUGGUUUUUGCCAUGUUGUCAGCAUUUUUCUCAUGGGGCAAGAUCUUGCUGGUGUAGUUCCACCAUCAAUUGCAAAGUUACCCUACCUAAAGAAAGUUGAUUUCUCCCAGAACUACCUCAGCGGUACUAUACCGCGUGAAUGGGCUUCUACGAAGUUGGAAGUUCUGUCCAUUAAUGUGAACAACUUAUCGGGACCGAUCCCUGGCUACUUGGGAUACAUUACCAGCCUAAAAUAUAUGAACUUACAGAAUAACAUGUUGUCUGGAACUGUUCCUCAUGAGCUUGGGAAAUUGGUUAACUUGAACAAUCUCAUUCUGAAUGAAAACUAUCUGACGGGAGAGCUGCCUGGGUCUCUUACUAAGCUGACUGAGUUAACAGAACUUAGAAUUAGCAGUAACAGCUUCACUGGAAAAAUACCUGAUUAUUUUCAAAGCUGGAAGCAUCUUCAGAAACUAGAGAUCCAAGCUAGUGGCUUCCAAGGUCCAAUUCCAUCGAGCAUUUCCGUCUUAAGUAAUUUAAAAGAACUAAGGAUCAGUGACAUAAAAAGUGGUGGUUCAAAAUUUCCACCCUUGAGUCGUAUGACAAACAUGCAACGUUUAAUGCUGAGGAGGUGUAACUUAUAUGGACCUAUCCCCGCUUAUAUGGCAGCAUUGACAAACUUGAAAAUAUUAGAUCUCAGUUUCAAUAGAUUGGAAGGAAAUAUUCCUGAUAUGGCAGCUCUGUCAAACUUGCAGUGGAUAUAUCUCACAAGCAACUUGCUCACUGGGUCUAUUCCAGACUGGAUCAAGCUCAAAAAUACUAGAACCCAGAUAGAUCUUUCUUACAAUAAUUUUUCUCAGACCUCCGAGCCAACUACUUGUAGAGAACAGUUGAACUUGUUCAAAAGCUUUUCUGGACGAGACAACUCAUUAUCUGGAGGGUGCCUCGAAACUUUUUCGUGUCCAAAAGAGGAGUACUCAUUACAUAUUAACUGUGGAGGAAGUAAAACCACCAUUGGAGGAAUUAUAUUUGAAGAGGAUCAAGACCUGGGGGGUGAUGCAAAAUUUGUUCCGGUGAUACCUAACUGGGGAAUCAGUUCCACUGGAUUGUUUUGGGAUGUUAACACCACGGCUUAUGACUACAUAGCAAAUAAUAUGUCCAUACUUGAAAUGAACAACUCGGAGUUGUACACGAGCGCACGCCUAUCGCCUCUUUCUCUCACAUAUUAUGCACGCUGCCUGGGAAAUGGAAAUUAUACCGUGAAACUCCAUUUUUCAGAGAUAAUAAUCAGAGGCAAUAAAUCAUUUUACAGUUUUGGAAGACGGAUAUUUGAUGUCUACAUUCAGGAGAAACUAGUGUGGAAGGAUUUUGACAUAGAAAAGGAAGCACAUGGGGUGGACAGGGUAGUCAUUAAGGAACUUAAAGCAGUUCAUGUUAAGGAUAGAACUUUACUGAUCCGGUUUCAUUGGUCAGGGAAAGGGACAACAACCUCCCCAAAGAGAGGAACAUAUGGUCCUCUUAUAUCAGCUAUCUCUGUAGACUCUGACUUCAAGCCUCCUCUCAGCAGUAGCAAAAGCAAGAUGCCUAUUGUGGUUGGAACUGCAGUUGGAGCUUCGGUUGUGUGCCUCAUUUUCUUGACUUUAGGCAUUCUUUGGUGGAGAUGUUGUCCAGAUAGCAUGACAUCAAGGGAAAAAGCUCUAAGAGGGCUGGAUCUGCAAACUGGUUUUUUCACCUUCAGGCAAAUUAAAGCUGCCACUAAUAACUUCGAUCCAAAAAACAAAAUUGGAGAAGGCGGUUUUGGGUCUGUCUACAAGGGUGUAUUGGUGGAUGGUACUAUAAUCGCGGUUAAGCAACUAUCAUCAAAAUCAAAGCAAGGAAACCGGGAGUUUGUGAAUGAAAUAGGCAUGAUAUCCGCCUUGCAUCAUCCAAAUCUUGUUAGAUUGUAUGGAUGUUGUAUUGAAUCAAACCAAUUAUUGUUGGUAUAUGAAUAUAUGGAAAAUAAUAGCCUGGCACAUACUUUGUUCGGCCCAGAGGAAGGUCCUUUAAAGCUGGAUUGGCCUACGAGGGAGAAAAUAUGCAUAGGUAUAGCGAGAGGUCUGGCUUUUUUGCAUGAGGAGUCGGCACUGAAGGUUGUACACCGAGACAUUAAAACUACAAAUAUACUGCUAGACCAAGACCUCAACGCAAAGAUCUCCGACUUCGGUUUGGCCAAACUUGACGAUGAGGAGAACACCCACAUUAGCACCAGAGUUGCUGGAACCAUAGGAUACAUGGCUCCGGAAUAUGCACUAUGGGGUUAUUUGACAUAUAAAGCAGAUGUUUACAGUUUUGGUGUGGUUGCAUUGGAAAUUGUUGCUGGAAAGAACAACAUGAAAUAUCAACCAAAUGAGAACUUCGUAUGCCUUCUGGAUUGGGCUCUUGUAUUACAACAAAAGGGGAACUUAAUAGAGCUAGUGGAUCCAAGGUUGGGGUCCGAUUUCGAUGUGGAAGAGGUGAUUACAAUGGUUAAGGUAGCUCUCUUAUGCAUCAAUCCAGCACCAGCACUCAGGCCUACAAUGUCUGAAGUAGUGAGCAUGCUCGAAGGACGAACCCCUGUUUGUGAAUCGGUCAUGAACCCAAGUAUCUACGGCGAUGAACUGAGGUUAGCAUCCUUGAGAAACCCGUUUGAUCCGAUUGCACAGCAGAGUACAAGUGAAACUCAGAGCCUUGUUGGUUCAUCAGAUGCAACAUUGAUUCAUUCUUCUGCAACUACGUCCUCAGAUCUCUAUAAAAUUGGUCCUAGUAGUAGCACAUUAUCUUAGAAAUGUAAACCUGUUAUGCUCUCAACUAUGCAAAUGCUAUUGUGUAAUAAUAAGUAGUACUAUCACUUUGCAAUAUCAAAGCUUCAGCUACCUCCUAAGGGUUUGAUAUAUUCGCGAAGUAGAAGCUUUAAGUGACAAAGCUGAGCAAGUGGAGAAAAAAAAAAGACCGUAAUUUUUAAGUGAUUCAAAGUCAGUCCUUCAAUCUUUACGUAUAUAAUUGUCAAGAUCAAGCUGUCAAUGUUUCCAC